AUGGAUACAAAAGAUAUGUUAAAUGAUGAAAAAUAUGAUGCUAGAGUGAAAUAUAAUGGACAAAUAAAGAUCAAUAUUCCGCAGUAUGUUACUUGCACUUGUCGUUUAAACAUUGAACUGUUCCCUUUUGACACUCAAUUUUGUGCGGUAGCAUUAGCUUCGCCUUUAUUGACAGUCGAAGAAAUGGAGGUCCAUACAAGCCAACCACCCUUACAAAGCCAUUUCGCCGGCAAUUCAGAAUGGAAUUUAAUAAAUGUAUCAGUUCGGGAUAUGCAUUAUUUGGAGGAGGGGGAAUACAGAUCUGAGGCAUUUUUUAAUUUUAUUUUUUAA